CUGCAUGGGCUGGGAUUGUGAAAGGAUCAACAUGCCUUUAGCUAGAGAGUUACUGCAUCCUUCCUUGGAGGAGAAAAAGAAAAAACAUAAAAAGAAACGGCUGGUUCAAAGUCCAAAUUCUUACUUCAUGGAUGUAAAAUGUCCAGGUUGCUACAAGAUUACCACAGUUUUCAACCACGCUCAGACAGUAGUGCUUUGUGUAGGCUGUUCAACAGUGCUGUUCCAGCCAACAGGAGGAAAAGCCAGACUCACAGAAGACUGUUCAUUUAGAAGUAAGCAACACUAAUGAUCCACACAACUUCUUGAAUUUGUGUUCUAUUGCAGAAAGCCUUAUCAGUUCAUUAAUUCCAGUUAAUCUACCAAGAUAAUGUAAUUAUAUUUAAUUUUGUAAAGUAUACAGCAGCAGUCUCCUCUUUUGGUGUCAGUUUUUCAAUAAAGUUUUGAU